AUGGCCGCUUACGACUACUACAACCCUGCGAACCGUACGCAAAACGAGACCCCCCUUUCCGCUACGGCUGUAUCUCCACCCUCUGUCUCAAGUCACUCCCCGUACCGCAAAAAUGAUUCCCCUUACAACCCUUCCCUCGAAGAUGUCAAUACAACCUAUAAACCUUCUCAGGAACCAUAUUCAUCUCAGGAAGACACUUCAUACCACGGAGCCUACGACACUCAUCGAAAUUAUAGCGAAAACAUUCCUUUAUCCGAACACCCUCAGCAUAUGGCUGGUGCCUCCCACAUGCCGGCCUACAACACAAACAACGGCUCGUUACCACAGCCAAUUCCCCCGAUGCGUGAAAAACAACAUGGAUUUUGGGCGAGGAAACGACAUAAGACAAUUCCUUUCUUCUGUUAUACUGUCUCUUUGAUCCAAGUCGCCGUCUUCAUCGCCGAAAUCGUCAAAAAUGCCCAACUUACAGGAUCACCAAUCCAGACCAGACCAAAUUUCAACCCGAUGAUUGGCCCUUCACCAUGGGUCAUGGUCAAUAUGGGUGCCAGAUACGUUCCUUGCAUGAAAGAUAAUCUCACCGUUGGAUCCAGCAUCGCACGACCAUGGCCCUGCCCGAACACCACGACAGCUGAGAUUAAUCCGCUGGCCGCAUGUUCUCUCCAACAACUUUGCGGGUUCCAAGACUUCUCGACCCCCGACCAAUGGUGGCGUUUUAUCCUACCUAUGUUCAUGCACGCCGGUCUCAUUCAUAUUGCAUUCAACCUUUUGAUUCAACUUCGUCUCGGAACGGAUAUGGAACGAGAAAUUGGAAUUAUCAGAUUCGCAAUUGUAUACAUUUCCUCUGGUAUAUUUGGGUUUGUCUUGGGCGGCAACUUUGCGCCACAAGGUUUGGCUAGCACCGGGGCUUCUGGUGCUCUCUUCGGUAUCCUAGCGUUGGUUCUUCUCGACCUUUUCUACACAUGGAAGCAACGCGAAUCGCCGGUUAAAGACCUGAUCUUCCUGAUUAUCGAUUUUGCGAUCUCCUUCGUCCUCGGUUUACUCCCAGGUGUCGACAAUUUUGCGCAUAUUGGCGGGUUUCUGAUGGGUCUCGCCCUGGGUCUUGCGUUUAUGAGGUCACCACCAGCAUUGCAAUCCAAACUUGGAAAGGGGGAAUCUUACAAUUCGAUGUCAUCUGCUGCAAUCCAGAACCAGGGAUUGAGAAGAUUGCUCAGAGAUCCCGUUGGCUUUUUUCGAGGACGUAAUCCAUUCUGGUGGGUUUGGUGGUUGCUCCGUGCUGGUAUGCUGGCUUUGGCUAUUAUCUCUUUUACUCUACUCUUGAGAAAUUUCUACAUCUACAAUGGGGAGUGCAAAUGGUGUCGGUAUUUUACUUGCUUACCUGUAUCGAAUUGGUGUGAUAUUGGAAAUCUCCAAAGAAUAGAGCAGACACCCGCGCGAAAGUUUAAAUUCUAA